UGUUCACUCCGUGCCUUGUUUAUGGCAUGGUCAUAUAGAACCUGAAAUCUCUUCAUUCUGAGGGCAUUCCUUUAGAAAUUGGAACUGACACAGUGUAUGCGUUAUUGAGACAAUCAACAUGAGGAAUUAUCUGAAGGAAUUUACCUGUUUAGGAGUAUUUCAUAAACUGGGGUCACAGAUGUUGUCCACAGAAAGGUCAUGAGGUCAAAGAAGGGCAGCUGGGCCAAGUCCCGAGAGAAAGGUCAUCUGGGGUCAACCCUGGAGGAGCAGCCCCUGCGGUCCUUUAACAGCCAAUCAGCCAGGGACCAGUUCAGUGAUGCUUGGAACACAGAUUCUGAUGACGAGCUCUCCUGGGAUGAGGACAUUGAGUACAGGUCAUACACAGUGAAGAAGAGGAAAAAUGGUAGGCAGGCUUUAUCACAGAGGUGUAUCGUCAUACUCCUAGGACUGGCUGUGAUAGUUAUAGCAGUGUUAACCGGGCUCAUUGUAUGGCAGCAUCUACAGAAAUCCAAUUAUCAAAAGACCUGCUCUACCCCAGACUGUGUCCAGUCCAGUGCCUACAUAAUGAGUAAGAUGGACCGGUCCGUGGACCCGUGCCAGGACUUCUAUCAGUAUACAUGUGGGAACUGGUUAAAGACAACCAAAAUCCCAGCCUCCCGAUCCCAUUACAGCUUGUUCUCUGAGAUAGGGGACCAGAACAACGAAAAAGUUAGAGCUAUACUGGAGAAAAGUGGUACAACUUUCAUGAACAACCAUUCCACAGCCAUAGAGAAAGCCAAAACAUUUUACAACUUAUGUAUGGAUGAGAAAACCAUAGAAAAUCAAGGGGUGGAUCCAAUAAUUAAAUUUAUAGCUGACCUCCAUUCCUGGCCAUUGACCUCAGCCCAUGGUCUGACCUGGUCUGAGGCAUCAUGGGAUUUUCACACAGCCCUAACAACCAAUCACGCUAAAGGAUUCGAGGCCCUGUUUAGUAUGGGUGUGGCAGUGGAUGACAAAAAUAGCAGUCAAUAUGUUAUAGAAUUUACACAAAGUGGUCUUUCUCUAGCUUCUCGAGAGGAAUAUUUUACAAACCACUCCAGUUAUCAGAAGAUAAAGAAAGGCUUCCUGGAUUUCGGUGCCAAAUUAGGGAAUCUGUUAGGGGGUGAUAACUCCACAUUGUGGUCAGGAAUGUCUGAUAUCUAUAGUUUAGAGACACAGCUGGCUAAUAUACAUGUUCCAAAGGAAGAAUUACUAGAUCCUACCAAGACAUAUCAUAAAAUGACAGUCUCAGAGUUCCAGACUCUGAUUGGUUCAUCUAUAAAGGUGGCCCAGUACCUGAAGACUUUGUUUGGGAGGGACCUGGGGGACGUAGCUGUUUUGGUUUACACCCCCAAGUACUUCAGAGAGUUGGGAGGGGUUCUGGAUAAAACUCCUAAAAGGACUUUAGCCAAUUACAUAGUGUGGAAUGCCCUGAACUCCCAGGUGGGGUAUUUCCCGGCUGAUUUUGUGGAGGCUGCCCUCCUUUUGAGUAAGGUGGAGAGUGGAAUCCAGGGGCUGGACCCCAGGUGGCAGCGCUGUAUCAACAAGGUCAACACUGCGUUUGGGUUUGCCUCUAGCGCCCUCUAUGUUCAGGAGUAUUUUGCCAAGGACAGUAAAUCUAAGGUUUUGACUAUAGUGAAGGAAGUGGAGGAGGCUUUUAUCCGUCACUUGCCAACGGUUUCAUGGAUGGAUGAACACACACAACAGAUAGCCAAGGAGAAAGUGCAGAAGAUUGUCGAGAUGAUAGGUUAUCCGGACUGGAUCCUGGAUACAUCAAAACUGGAUAAAUACUAUGAAAAUGUAACAAUGGAGAGAGGACAAUUUUUCCAGAGUCAUCUGAACAGUCUAAGAGAGUCUGUCGUGAGGAACUUUAACAAGUUAGGGACCAUGCCUGACAGAGAAGAAUGGCACAUGAUUCCAGCUGAGACCAAUGCUUACUACUCACAGUCCAAUAACCAAAUUGUCUUCCCUGCCGCUAUCUUACAACGGCCCUUCUUUACACCAACAUUCCCUACGUCAUUCAAUUUUGGAACUGCUGGAAUGAUAAUUGGCCAUGAAAUGACUCAUGGAUUUGACAAUGAUGGUCGCCAUUAUGAUAAGUAUGGUAAUCUUAAUAACUGGUGGUCCAACCAAUCAGCUUUGAGCUUUCAGAAAGAGACAUCCUGUAUGGUCAAACAAUACUCCGCCUACACAGCUGAGAAUACUCAUUUGAAAGGAGAGAGAGUUCUCGGGGAGAAUAUUGCAGAUAACGGAGGACUGAAGAUGGCGUAUGCAGCAUACAAAUUCUGGGAAAGGUCACACAUGUCAACAGAGGUCACGGACCUUCCAGGUCUUGGUCUCACUCCAGAACAGCUGUUUUUUGUUGGCUUUGGUCAGCUAUGGUGUUCCUACUACACUCCGCAGUAUGCGAAACAAGCUAUACUGACUGAUCCUCAUACUAUAGGAAAAUACAGGACGAUAGGUGUGGUUUCCAAUUCAGGUGAUUUUGCCCGAGCUUUCAACUGUCCUCCAAAUUCUCCCAUGAAUCCUCAAACUAAGUGCCAAGUUUGGUGAUACUCUGUUCAUUCCAUAUUGUCUGUGAUUACUGACCUCAUUCCACAAAAAAUAAUUUUAUCAUUUUCUUAGAUGGUAUAUUUAUUAAGUUCUCAAGUGCUGAUUGAACAAAGUGUUGUACAUGUAUUUAUUUGUUUACUUUUAUUUUUGUGA